AUGUCCAAGCUCAUUACCGUCUUCGGUGCCACCGGAAAGCAAGGUGGCUCCGUCAUCCGCACUAUUUUGCAAGAUGAAACUCUAUCCAAGGAGUUUAGGAUCCGAGGCAUCAGUCGUGAUACUUCGAAGCCAGCAGCACAGGCGCUGUUCAAGCAGGGUGUUGAGCUUGUCUCAGCUGAUAUGAGCUCCAAAGAGUCCCUAAUCAAAGCGAUUCAAGGAAGUCACUCUGUUUUCCUCGUGACUACGCCAGCUUGGGGCGUUGCCGGAUCCGAUGCCGAGCUCAUCCAUGGCAAGAACGUAGCCGAUGUCGCGAAGGAAAGUGGCGUCCAGCAUCUCAUCUUCUCGUCUCUUCUCGACGUCACCAAGGAAUCAAAUGGUCGGCUCAAGCAUGUCCCCCACUUCGACCAGAAGGCCCACGUUGAGCAGUACAUCCGCUCAACUGGUGUUCCGGCUACGUUCAUCUUGCCUGGUUACUUCAUGAACAACUACACCUCUUUCGGUAUGCUGCGCAAGGGUGAGGAUGAUGUCUACACAUUGGCCUAUCCCAUUGGCAAGGAUGCCCUUUUCCCUCUGAUUGAUAUCGCGGCCGAUAUGGUACCUAAAACAGGUAAAUUCGUCGCUGCCGCAUUGAAGAACCGCUCCGAGACUCUUGGCGCUCAGAUCCUUGCAGCCGCAGAGUACUACACUGCCACUCGUAUCCUUGCUGAGUAUGAGGAAGUGACCGGAAGGAAAACUCGGUUUGUGCAGAUUGAUCCUGAGACUUACAAGAGUUUCAUCCCUGGACCGAUGGGCGAAGAGAUGUUGGAAAAUCACCUCUUUAUUGAGGAACCUGGUUACUAUGCUGGACGGAGCUUGAAGGAGAGCCAAGCCCUUCUUGCGAAGUCCGGAUAUCAGGCUACGUCUUGGAAAUCAUUCCUGGAGCAGAACAAGUCCUCGCUCUAA